UGCAGCUUACCAGGAAUGAGUUGCCUUCUGGGGGUCUUUGCUUCUACCUGUGAUCCUGAUCCCAGCUGUGGCCAAGCCUGCAGGGCCCUUAUCCCACCAUAUCACCUCUUUAUAGGGAUUGGGCGUGACACUGCGAAAGCCCUGCAUGCCUCAGGAGCCAAAGUGGUGGCCGUGUCACGCACCAACGCAGACCUGGUCAGCCUGGCCAAAGAGUGUCCAGGCAUAGAGCCUGUGUGUGUGGACCUGGGUGACUGGGAGGCCACAGAGAAGGCACUGGGCCGUAUUGGCCCCGUGGACCUGCUGGUGAACAAUGCGGCAGUGGCGCUAAUGCAGCCUUUCAUAGAGUCUACCAAGGAGGUCUUUGACAGGUCCUUCAAUGUGAAUGUGCGCUCUGUGUUGCAAGUGUCCCAGAUGGUAGCCAAGGGCAUGAUUAACCGUGGAGUGGCAGGAUCCAUUGUCAACGUCUCCAGCAUGGUGGCCUAUGUCACCUUCCCUGGUCUGGCCACGUACAGCUCCACCAAGGGUGCUAUAACCAUGCUGACCAAAGCCAUGGCCAUGGAGCUGGGACCAUACAAGAUCCGGGUGAACUCUGUAAACCCUACUGUGGUGCUGACUGACAUGGGCAAGAAAGUCUAUGCAGACCCGGACUUUGCCGAGAAGCUCAAGGAGCGCCACCCACUGAGGAAGUUCGCAGAGGUGGAGGACGUGGUCAACAGCAUCCUCUUCCUGCUCAGCGACAGCAGCGCCUCUACCAGCGGCUCUGGCAUCCUGGUGGACGCUGGUUACCUGGCCUCCUAGACUGCCCUAGACUGGAGGCCUCCCUGGCCCCACCCUGGAGCCAAAACUGCUACUGAUCUCAUGACCUGCUUCCAAUGCCACAGCCCUGCCCUGACACAGCUCCCAGCUCCCCAUAUUAUUGUCUGAUCCCACAACCACGCCACACUCUGGACCUUGGGGUUCUUGUUCUCCUUGUCCACUUUGCUGGUCUCAUUUUCCUAAAUAAAUAGACCGACCGCCAUGGUCCCGAA